AUGUUCUGUGUAUUACUUAAAUUCAACAUGGCAUUUGAGGAGCUCUCUCCCCAGAUGGAAGGCAUCGUUGUUCUCGCCAGGAUAGCCCAAGCCGGAAACACGGCCGGCUCCUCCUCCUCUACACAGAAUUCAACGCCCGUCCCCGUCCAUGACAAGGACCUGACCGGCGACCCCGGGCUCCCGGCGGACGUGCGGCCGAGAGCCACGAGCGAUGGAGGCUCCGCGAGCCCCGCGCGGAUGGACCCCAUCGUCGCGCCGGCCUACCACAACCUGACGCGGUCGGCCCUCUGCCGGCUCCCAGACGAGGUGCUCCUCGACAUCAUGGAGAACCUCGACCUAACGAGCCUCAUGUGCCUGCGCCAGACCUCGCGCGUCUUCCUCAUCCUCUUCUCGUCCCCGGCCUUCAAGAAAUACCACCCCCUGGGCGGACAACGACCUCUCGAGCUGGACCCCGCCCUGCAUCCUCUCCCCGCUCAGUGCGAGCGGUUCCGCUCCCUCAUCGACAAGGACAAGUUCUGCCCCGAGUGCCUGAGCGCCCGCGUCCAGGGCGACCGCAACGCCAAGCUCCGUACCCUCAUGACGCGCCCCUUGCACUGCGACACCUGCGACGUCAAGCGGCCCGCCCUCUUCUUCUCCGCGUCCCAGCGCUUCUCGCAAUACGCCAUCGGCAAGAAGAAGAAGCGCGCCUGCCUCAUCCACGAGGGCUACAUGCGCAUCUGCCAGCACCGCGUCCUCCGCUGGGCCGAGGUCCGCGAGUGGAUCGACGCCCUCGCUCGCGGCGACGGCAAGGAUUUCCGCGUUACGCUGUGCGGGCACGCCAGCCACCGCUUCACCUGCGCCGGGGGCAGCCCCGUCCCGUACGCCGGCAUCGAGGCGCGCCUGGAAAAGGAUUUCACUACGACUACCCUCACCAUCACCUGGGACGCCCACGUCGCCAUUCCCUUCCGCAUGCCCACCUUUGAGGAGGAGGGCUUCUCCACCACCCACAUGCGCCAGAUCCUCGAGACCCUCUACCUCGACGCCGGCAGCUUCAUCAUCCCCGAGCCCAGCGCCUACCUCCCCAUCCGCAUGUCUGCCUUCGACCCCAAUGUCUGCGCCUGCCUGCGCUACCGCGGUCGUGAAAAGUUUGACUGGCAGCUCUUGCCCCGCUCGGAUAUCGGCUGGAAAACGUGCCGUACCGAGCCCAGGCUCAACCUCUUCACUCCGGGCCGCAAGGGGAACCUGAGCGGGGCCACGCGCGCUCCGCACUCCCAGUCCGUCGGGCUCCGCAUUACCGAGUUCGCUUCGGAGCACAAGGUUCCCGUCGAGUGGUACGGCCUGCUGGACCCGGACUCGUACGGGCUCAAUACCGACGAUGCGAGUCGCCAUAUUCUAUGGUGCCCGGAUGCGUCGUGCGAGAACUAUUCCCAUCGACCCAACCAUCGCCGUUUUACCAACUUCUUUGAUCGAUACAUAGAUCUUUUGAAGGGUAGCACGUAA